AUGCCGCAGAACGAAUAUAUUGAGCGCCAUCAGAAGCUUUAUGGUAGACGACUCGAUUAUGAAGAGCGUAAAAGAAAACGAGAGGCUCGUGAACCUCACAAGCGUGCCGAAAAGGCCCGCAAGUUGCGGGGUAUCAAAGCGAAGAUCUACAAUAAGGAACGUCGCAAUGAAAAGAUUCAGAUGAAGAAAAAGAUCAAAGCACAUGAAGAAAAAAAUGUCCGACAAAAUACAGAGAAAGUUAGCGAAGGAGCUCUGCCCGUGUAUCUUUUGGAUAGAGAUGUCCAGAAUCGUGCUAAGGUCUUAUCGAAUAUGAUCAAACAGAAACGUAAAGAAAAGGCUGGUAAAUGGGAUGUUCCAAUACCAAAAGUAAGAGCGCAAGCCGAUGCUGAAGUGUUCAAAGUAUUGAAAUCUGGAAAAUCAAAAAGGAAAGCGUGGAAACGUAUGGUUACCAAAGUUACUUUUGUCGGAGAGAAUUUUACCAGAAAACCACCAAAGUUUGAAAGAUUUAUUCGUCCCAUGGCACUCAGGUUUAAAAAAGCUCACGUUACGCAUCCAGAAUUAAAAGCUACAUUUUGCUUACCAAUAAUUGGUGUAAAGAAAAACCCCAGUUCUCAAAUGUACACUAGUCUUGGUGUUAUCACAAAGGGUACAGUUAUUGAGGUGAAUAUAUCUGAGCUUGGUCUUGUCACACAGGCCGGUAAAGUUGUUUGGGGAAAAUAUGCCCAGGUGACAAACAAUCCUGAAAAUGAUGGAGUUAUCAAUGCUAUUCUUUUGGUAUAA